GAGCCACAGCCGCCCCUCGCCCCAAAACAUUCAACCCAAUUCCAACCUUUUCUUUCACUGGGUCUGACAUUUUAUCAGUCAGAUUGUCCUUCUUUGGGGUCGUCAAAAUCGUGUCCUCCUUCUACACUCAAUAUGUCUUCAAUCACUACUCCCCGCUGCACGCAUACGUCGGCCUCUGUGGCUAGUUCACACCAUGCCACGAAAGUCGGAUUCAAAAGACAAGAUGCAAAACAGCGCUUUGCUGCAGCGAGACCCCUAAACCCCUCAAAAAGUGCCGAGUCGGAAUCGAUGCCAAUUGAUGACCCUUGGACUUUUCCGGCUCCUCUUUUACUACCCGGUGACGACCUCAGUGAAGACCCUGGGUAUCCACCGCAGAGCUUCCAAGAAUGGCUCGAUGAAGAAGACCGCAACUCAGUGUCUUCAAAACGUCAGACGAUAUAUGUAAUAACUGCGCCGGAGAUUGAGGAAGAAGUUCAUUUUAUGCGAGCAUGGGAGAAGGGUCUGGACGAAGAACAUCAAGUCACGAAACCAUCACCUCAGGCGAUCGUCGACUAUCUAAAAGCAUUUUACCAUGGCUUACCUGUGAAGACGUUAUCUCGCUUGGCCCCUGCUUUCACCGCAUGGGACGAAGAGCCCAAACCAAACCGAAAAUCUCGCCAACCACAAUAUGUCGCCCUCAAGUUCGGGAAUGAAUGUGUCCGCAUCCGUACUCGUCCAUCGCCGGACGGUAUCUUUGGUGGUCAGCUCAAUCUUGAUGAUCUACUCGAUACCGCUAUUGCUAUGCUGCCCAACGAUGCAUAUGCACUGUUGCUCCUGGUCAAUCAGGACCUCUAUGAGGAUGAGGAUGAUGAAUUCGUCUGCGGUCGUGCAUAUGGUGCGAGCAGGGUUGCAGUGGUCUCAAGUUCAAGAUAUAAUCCAGCGUUGGACCAACAUCAAUCGGUUGAAAGACUCCAUGCCUGGCCCGCAUCACACUGUAAAGAAUACAUAUCCACGUUCUGUACUACGUCCCGAUCAAACGCAAAGCGCCAAAAGACACCAAGCGUGCAAAAGGCAAACAAGCCCAACGACUCUCGCUCUAGCUCAUCUUCACCUCUUAUGGCUGCAAUUUCCAUCUAUCGAGGCUUGGAAACCAUUGAUCUCCCUCCAUCGGCUCUUUCUACCCUCUGGUUGGGCCGUGUAUGUCGUACUGCCGCACACGAGCUGGGACACUGUUUCGGUAUCGAUCAUUGCGUCUUUUAUGCCUGUUCUAUGCAGGGUACGGGUUCAAUUCAUGAAGAUGCUCGACAGCCUCCUUUUCUUUGUCCAGUGGAUCUGGCCAAACUCACAUAUGCCACGGGAGCUACAGCAGCCCAACGAUACAAAGCGCUCCUUGACUUCUGUGACAGGCCUCAGUACAAGAAGUGUCUUUUCUUUGUGCCCUUUGCAGAGUGGAUUCGAGCGAUGUCAGGCGCAACUCCUCAAUAAGCUCGAUCUAGAACGACUGAUAUAUAUUGAACCCGCCAGUACCCCUGGACAUGAGCUGGAUAAUAUCCCACUUUUUCUGUCUUGCAGCCACAUUUCUCUAUACUCCAUCCGCGACAACAGAGUCGUUCUCUCUCCGCUUUGUCGCAGUGCCACCGGGGUCGCCGAUGAAAGGGAACGAACAGUGUUCUAUUUAUUUCCAUAAUCGGGCACUUCACCAGCUCAAAAAGCUGUCUCUUUGUCAUGCCGAUUAGGACAGUCUUACCAACAUCGGACUUUUCAGUGCUACACACUCAUGACCUAGCGAUUAGUUGCGAACUGUCCUGUAAUUCCACGAUCCAUUGAACUUGUAUAUUCAAAGCAAUUUCCAAGUAUAAAACAUGAUUCAUGACCCCAGGU